AUGCUGUUUGUUUUCUACUGCUUUGUUCUCACCGUUUUGGCUUCUCUAAUACCAGAAGGACAAGGUAAUUGCCGCAAUUUAAAGUUCACCAGUUUUCCUAAAUUUGGCUUCCGGUUGGAGAAUCACACGGUUCGAACCAUUGACGUCGUCAACGAGGAUCUCUGCAUGUUUCAAUGCUACCUGGAACCCAACUGCGUCAGUUAUAACUUCUGUGAGAUAAAACAGUCGUCUGGAAAACAUGAGUGUGACCUAAAUAACGCGACUAUUGAACACGAUGAAGACCUGGUGAAAAACAAAAUUUGUAUUUACCGCGGAGCAGAGAAUGCUUGUAAGCAAAAUCCUUGCAAGAAUAACGCAACAUGCCAAGCUGGGUUUACAGACAAAGACUAUCAGUGUUUGUGUGUUGAUGGAUCUGGAUUUAAAGGCCACGAUUGUGAUGAGGAUUUACGUUGUCAAGGAACGCUUGGUAUGGAAAGUGGUGCAAUCACCGAUGAGCAGAUAACUUUCUCGUCCCAAAAACACAAGGAUAACGCGAAAAUUGUAAGAUUACAUCACACAAGGAAGACUUGGAUACCAGAUAAUAAGGAUUCUAAUCCGUGGCUUCAGCUCGAUCUCAGAGCUCAAAACACUGAAGUAACACGAGUAGCAACACAGGGAUCCCGUCAACAUAACAAAUGGGUGACGAGGUACAAGCUACAAUACAGCAACUAUGGAGUGAGAUUUCAAAACUACAAGGAACAAGGAAAAACCAUAUCAAAGGAAUUUGACGGAAACACAGACGAGAACAGUGUUGUUUAUCAUGACCUGAAUGCACCAAUCACAGCAAGGUACAUACGAUUUCUACCAGUGGAGUGGGAAGGUGAGAUAUCAAUGAGAGUGGAACUGUAUGGAUGCGUGAAAGAAUGUGGAAGAUUUCUCGGCAUGCAAAGCGGUGACAUCUCUGAUGGACAGUUAAGCGCCUCUUCAGAGAGAGAUUCUAAACACUCCGCCACUCAGAGCAGACUUCAUUUUGUAAAUCCUGACGGAGCGGGAUCUUGGGCGGCUGAAAGUAAUGGAUUUACAGCUGUGUUUACAAAUCUUGGUAAGAUUGGACCAAAGGGUCCAGACGCGAUUGGUAGUCAUUACAAAGAUCAAGAUCAUGACGGAGAAGUAAAAUUGCUCAGCGGUAUUCAACUGUGGACUGUGCCACGCACUGGUGAAUACAGAAUAGAAGCAAUAGGAGCCUCAGGGGGGUACAGUGAGGACAGUUUUAUAAAAACCGGAGGAAGAGGGGCACGAAUGAUUGGAAACUUUAAUUUGACCAAAGAUGAGAUCAUUCAUGCACUUGUUGGUCAAAAAGGGGAAAAGGAGAGUUUUAACUCAAAAACAGCCGGAGGUGGAGGAGGUACAUUUGUAGUGAAAGGAAACAACAAGUCUUUGAUUAUAGCUGGAGGUGGAGGAGGAAUUAAAAAUGUAUUGGAACAACAUCCUGGAUGUGAUGCGUCCAUAAACACAACAGGGAAUGGAGGGUAUAACUUGCCAUUGGGUUCAGGAGGCAGCAACGGAAAUGGAGAAAAGGCCAGUACAAAAUAUUCAGGUAGUGGCGGCGGCGGUUUCUACAGUAAUGGACAAAGUGCUUCGAGCGGUUCUGGUCGAGAAGGUAAAGGAUAUCUUCAAGGAGGAGAGGGUGGAGAUGGUAAGGGUGGGUUUGGAGGUGGCGGUAGUUUACGUUGGAACCGUGGAGCUGGAGGAGGUGGAGGUUACUCUGGAGGAGACGGUGGAGCUAAUGAAGAGUUUUCCUGUGGGGGAGGGGGAGGAUCUCUUAACAAUGGGACAAAUCAGCAAAAUGAAUGUUGUUUUAAUAGGUAUGGACAUGGUAGAGUGAUCAUCACCUUUCUUCAGUGA